UUGGAGUCCCGAGAGGGAGAGAGUAAAACGAUGGCGGAUAUUUCUAACUCCAAAACUUUGCAUUCGACGGAUGUUUCUGAUCCUUCACUUGGUGGCUCUAAGCGUUUGCGUAGGGUUCUGCCUCGGCGUAAAACUGAACCCAAAGAGGAACAUACCUGCACAACUAAAGAACUCCAUGAUUUAGUAAGACCGUAUGCAAUGGAUGCCAUAAGUUUUUAUAGCGAAAUAACAGGCACAAAAUAUGAGCUGGUGGAACCUGGUUACAUUGCACAUGCGCUUCUUUUGAAAUGCCUUGUUCACCAUCUCGACUUCACAGCCAAAAAGACUGAUGUUGAUGAUGCUCCAGAGGAGAUAUUUUUUGCUGAACUGACAACUAUCAACAAGGAGAUAAAAAACAAUGGCUGCCGUUAUUGCAUGAAUUACAAUGUUCAGCAUCCUAGGGAUGGAGGAUUCAUGGCUAGGGGUGCUGGAUUAUUCCGUGAUGAGCCUAAUGAUAUUCCCAGAAGGGAACGUAACUCCACAUCUACAGGCAGCCAUGAUGUAGUAAGGCCAUAUGCAGUGGAUGCCAGAAGUGUCUAUAAUGAAAGAACACCUAAAAUUCGUAGGGUUCAAAAUAUGAGCUUGUGCAGCCUGGUUACAUUACGCAUGUGGAUAUCGGGAUAUGCUUUCUUCACCAUCUCGACUUCACGGCUAAAAAGACUGAUGUUGUUGAUGCUCCAGAGGAGAUGUUUUUUUGCUGAACUGACAACUAUCAACAAGGUUAGUUAUGUCAAGGCUUGCAGAUGCAUGGGGCCAAAAAUAGUAAUUUCAGUGUUCAGCAUCCGGGGGUGAAGGAUUCAUGGCUGACGGUGCUGGAUUAUUCCGUGAUUUAUAAAAACUAUAAUUCCCUGGCUUUUGGCAGUGAACUUUUUAUGAACAUAACAAUGUCAGUUGUGUAUAUUGAGACUUAAUAUCUAAAAGUUUGUGAGCAACUCAAGGAUGCAUAUUCAUUUUAAAAAGCUUUGGAGCCUUGAAUGUC